CGCGAGAGCGCCUUCCAACAUUCUUCCGUCAACACGCGUUCAGAUCGGACCUUCAUUCGCGCGCGCGCGGGAUCUACGCGGGUUUUGUAACACAGAGAAGGGUAUUCCGGCCGGACGGGCAAGAACUAUCUCAUUCUCCUGGUGCCGGAGUUGUGCAAGUGGUGAAGUGGUGCUUAUUUUUAGGUGCCCAUUCAUUGGAAAAUAAACAUUUUCGGCUAUGACGUACGCGGCUGCUCAACUAUUUUAGGUGUUUUUUUUUCGGUUGGUUGCCCGAGAAAGACUUGCGAGGGAGAGAAAUCGGACUAAAGUCCAAGUGCGUGCAAUUCAAGCCAAGAUACAAUUACCUUCCGAUAAACGGGUGUGCCGGCAGCGGAGAGUGUGCGCAUCGGAAGAAACGUGAAAUAAUCGAUAUUACGAACUGGUGCCACUUUUGGAGCAAAAAUGGGAUACGACGAGGUGCUAACGCAUCUGGGUGGCUUCGGCCGAUAUCAGAAGAAAAUCUACGUCUUGCUGUGUCUGCCGGCAAUCAGCUGUGCAUUCCACAAACUAGCGGGAGUGUUCUUGCUGGCAACGCCGGAUUAUCGCUGCAAAUUGCCGUUUGAGGCCAGCAAUGCAACGUACGAACUUCCGCCGGAACUGAUGUCGAUGACUUACCCGAUGGAUUCGUACUCGAAAAAAUACUCCACGUGUACCUAUUUCGAUGCGAAUUUUACGGAGGAAUAUUUGCAAGGAGGGACACCGGCAACGGAAGUGACCAGCUGUAGCCAGUGGAUCUACGAUCGGACAAAGUUCGAAAGCAGUACCGUCACCGAAUGGGACUUGGUGUGUGACCGGAAUUUUCUACGAGCAUCGGCCGACUCACUUUUUAUGGUUGGUGUCAUGUUGGGCAGUAUUGUGUUCGGGUGGCUGUCAGAUAAAUAUGGUCGCAAGCCUAUUUUCUUCGCAUCGUUGGUGACCCAAGUGAUAUUCGGAGUACUGGCUGGAAUUGCGCCGGAAUUCUUUACGUAUACCAUAGCGAGGAUAUUGGUUGGAGCAACGACUUCCGGAGUGUUUCUAGUGGCGUAUGUAAUCGCAAUGGAAAUGGUGGGACCAAAAGAUCGAUUGUACGCCGGAGUUGUCUGCAUGAUGUUCUUCUCGGUGGGGUACAUGCUGACGGCGGCAUUUGCUUACUACAUUCACGAUUGGCGCUCACUGCAGAUUGCGUUGACACUGCCUGGAAUCCUGUUUAUGACCUAUUGGUGGCUGAUUCCGGAGUCUUCGCGGUGGCUAAUCUCCAACAACCGCCCAUCGGAAGCCAUCACUCUUAUCAAGAAAGUCGCCAAAUCGAACAAAGUUACCGUCCCAGAAGAUGUAUUGGACAAACUGGUGGAAGAAGACAAAGCCGCUUUGGAGACCGACAAGAAUGAACCAAAGCCCUCGCUGAUGGAUGUCUUCAAGCAUCCAAAUCUGCGCCGUAAAGCAUUAUUGAUUUUCUUUGAUUGGUUUGUCAACAGCGGCACGUAUUAUGGCUUAUCCUGGAACACCAACAAUCUCGGUGGUAAUCCAUUGCUCAAUUUUGUUAUCAGCGGCUUUGUGGAAAUCCCUGCUUACACUUUCCUUCUGCUUACCUUGAACCGCUGGGGUCGUCGGACUAUCCUGUGCGGAUGCAUGAUCUUCGCCGGUGUGAUGCUGCUUUCUACGAUGCUGGUACCGAACAAUAUGCAAUGGCUAAUAAUCGUGCUCGCCAUGCUGGGAAAAUUAGCCAUCACUUCCAGCUACGGUACGGUGUACGUCUUUUCCGCUGAACAGUUCCCCACCGUCAUCCGAAAUGUGGCGCUCGGGGCUGCAUCGACUUCCGCUCGUGUCGGAGGUAUCCUGGCGCCGUACUUCAACCUUUUGGGUGACUACUGGACCCCGCUGCCGUUGCUAAUUUUCGGUGCCAUGUCAUUUGCCGGAGGACUUCUGUCGUUGCUUCUGCCGGAAACGCACAAUCAAAAGCUACCGGAGACGAUUGCCGAUGGGGAAAACUUCGGCAAGGUGAAAGUGAUACCAGGGGAGGAAGGUCGCCGGGGGGACGUGGAGAACAAGACUGCCGAGGAGAUGCAAGUGCUGAAUGCUGCCCACCUGAAUGGGGACGCAACUCACGCCGUGGAGAAUACUAAUGAGAAACGGGCGAAUGGCACUGAGGAGUAGAAGUGCUGGGGAUGGGCAGCAGAAUGACAAGUAGGGCAGCCUGUCAAGCAGCACCGAGUAUUACGUAUCUCUUAGUAACUACAAACUGAUAUAUGUGUCUGUUUACGCUAGGAUAGGUGUAGAUUAUUUAUGUAAACUUAAAUUCAAUCACUACAGGAAUGAACUGCAGAUUAACGAGCAGAGCCGUCGAUCGGUUUAUUUGAGUAGAGUGGAGACCUGAAGUGGCAUCCGUGUAGAAGUGUAUUAGUUUUCGACUGACAAGCGGAAAGCCUGGAGAGGAAGAGAGGAACCAGGGACCGGGAGAGUUUCGCGUAGUUUUUCCCUCCUCUUGGCAUGAUUGGUUGGCAGGCAUAUCGUACGAUGGUUUUCGAUUUUCAUUUCUACCGUCACUGUUGUUGUGGUGGUCGUUCGUCAUUCGCUCACAGUCAGAUGGCAAUGAUGAUGGUCGGCUGUUGCUGGGUACCGGUUCGGGGUGAGAGGGCUAGAAGUGGGAAAUAGUCGGGGAUGGUGGGAAUCCUAAUAAAGAGGAACUGCCGGUCUCUUGUGGAGCUGUUGCACAAGAAUUGCGGUAUGCCCGGCAAAAAAAGAGAGGCACGAUUUUUCCUCUUUUUAGUUUGGGAUUCGUCUUGCCAAAAAUGGGAGGGUGGCCAUUAUUAGGGUUUGUACGCGCGAGAGAUUUUUUUAAGAUUAAUCCGAGCAAAAAGAUAAAAAUAGAAAAUAAUACACAAAAAAAUGUUCAAUGCUCAAUUUUUGAAAAUAUUCUUCUUGGAAAUUUUGCAACCAUCUCCAAAUGACAUAAAUUGUGAUUUUCAUUAAAAUAAGAAAAGUCGAUAAUUUUGUACACUUUGGCGUCAUUAGAUAUCUAAACAUGUAGACCUUAGCAUAUCGAAAUCUUCAACAGGCUCUUCCACAUACAGUUCGAACCUACAUGCUAUCUUCUUCGUUUGUCCUGAUUUCCACGGGAAUAUUCUUCAGAACUUCCAAGGCAAAUUGUUUCACACGAAAUUGCUCAGAAUUUUCACGGGAAGUCGGAUUUUCCAAUGAGUAUUUUUCGGAAUUUCCAAUGGACAGACAUCGGAAUCUAUAUAUCGAACAUGGCUGGGUGGAUUUUCUUCAUUUAUUCAGCUGAUAUGUUCGUUAUUAUUUCCGACGGGUUUUUAUGAUAUUUCCUCAUGCAAAAAUUACGAGAUUCUUAUGGAAAUUUUGCAUGGGCAGUUCACAAAGCGCAUUUUUCGCCUACUACUACUACUACCUGGUCGACUAGUUUCCAAUCAAAAUGGCAUUUGGCCGAAAGCGACAUACAGUCCAACUGGUAUUUUGACAGAAACAUCUGUUUUUCCUAACAGGUCAUUUGGCUGAAAAUGCUGUCUGGUUGAAAUGAUUAUUCGCACAAAUGGCCAUUUGACCGAAGAUGUGAAUUGUUCCGAACACAUGCUUCUUAUUAUUGGCAUUAAAUCACCCCGCAGCUUAAUGUUCGAUCAACACUUUCAUAGUUAUUUACUGCGAGGUUUCAAAGCCAAGUUAUAAUUUUUGCCCAGGGAAGUCCAACCCGAAAAUUUCCUAGACCGAACCCGGCCAGCAUUGUCUUGCUUUGUAGCUGCGCAUCUCACCGCGUUAAGAAAGGUUCCGAAUACGUCAUACGACCGAGUUAUUUAAUAAACGGGUCAAAUAGUCAAAAAUAUCGAACCGUUCGGCCAAAUGACAUUUUGGGCUAAAUGGCCCUUUCUGCCAAAUAAUCAUUUCAGUCAAAUGACCUAUUUGACUGGACGAAUUUUCGGACAAAAAGACAUCGGCAACAUACCCAGUUCAGUAGAACGACUCGAGUCAUACUAGUCUUGUCUAGUCUACACAUACACAUCAGUCGAAUGACUCGACUCACACGGCCAAAAAUGUAAUUUACUAAACGGGUCAUAUGGCCAAAAAUGUCGACCGUUUCAGCCAAAUGGCCCUUUCUGUCAAACGAUCAUUUCGUCCAAACGGCAUUCUCGGUCAAACGACUUUUUCGGCAAAAUGACUCUUUUGACUGUAUGUCCAUUUUGUUUAAAUGAAAUUUUCGGCCGAAAAGCCCUUCUGCCAAACGUCAUUUUUGGCCAAAUUACCUGUUCGGAGGAACGAUGUUUUUUGUCGUAUGUCCAUUUCGGAUUUUCCGUAGAAAUCCAAAAAAAAUCUUGUUGAAAUCAAAUUUUUGAAUGGUUGGAGGCCGUUUGACCAAACAUCAUGCGGCCGAAUGCCACGAGGCCGAAAGUUGUUUGGCCGAAUAUUUCAUUUACCCGAAUAAAUUGGCCAUAUAGGCAUACGGACGAAAAUGUCAAUAGGUCAAACUGGUCCAUUUCUCCGAACGGUUUAGCAGGUCUUAUGGUCAAAAAUGUCGAUCCGUUUACCAAAUGUCAUUUUCAGCCAAAUAGCCCUGCCAAACGACCAUUUCGGUCAAACAGUAUUUCCGGCCAAACGCCUUGUUCGAUCGAACGACAUUGUCGUCCGUAUGUCUCCAUAUUUCGGCCACAUGACAUUUUCGAUCAGAUGGGUUUCUACUCCUAAUAAUUUGUUCGGCUAAAUGACAUAUUCGGCUAAAUAACUUUCGACCAAAUGUGUUUCGAUCGAAUGAUGUUUGUCGAAACGGCCCUUCAUCGUUCAAAAAUACGAUUUCAACGAGAAUUUUUUUGGAUUUCAACGAAAAGUCCCUCUGAAUUCCCACUGAAAAUUCUUCGUAAAUUCCAUAGGAAAUUCUUUGAAGUUUAUUUGCAAAUUGAACAGUUCGGCGAACGAAACUUUCGGUUGUAUAUCCAUUUUGGUUAAAUGGCCCUUCCUGCCAAACGACCAUUUCGGUCAAACAGCAUUUUCGGCCAAAUAACCUGUUCGAUAGAACGACAUUUUCGUCCGUAUGUCUAUUUCGGCUACAUGACAUUUUCGACAAGAUGGGGUUUUACCCCUAAUGAUUUGUACGGCUAAAUGGUAUAUUCGACUAAACAUCUUUCAACCAGAGAUGUCCUACACCAGCGGUUCUCUAUCUGUGGUAUAUGUAUAUGGGGUUCCUUCUCUGGCCCUAGGGGGUACCUCGGACAAAAAUGCGUAAUGGCGGACGUAUUACAUUUCCAAUUAAAACUCAUUGAUAAAGUUUUGAUAAUUGUGUAUUUUUUAUUAAAAAAAAUAUAUUGUACAUAAUAAGCAAUGCGAUCAAUAAAUCCCAAUUGAAUCUUGCCUUCCACAAUUAGCACAAUGUAUAAAGGGCUGCGGAACAAAAGAUCAAACGAACAGAACGUCUAACGAACAAAAUAAUUUUUUUUCCAUUAGGGAAUAUCCAUAAAGUACGUCACGCAAAAAAAUGUGAUUUUCAACCCCCCCUCCCCCCUUCGUCACACUUUUUGUAUUAAAACUCUAAAAUUUUUGUAUGAGUCGUCACGCUGCUCGGAACCCCCCCUCCCCCCUAAGAGCGUGACGUACUUUGUGGAUGGACCCUUAUAGCUCGUUUGCUUAAUUGGAAGAGGAUUAGAAGCAUCCUUCUACGCUUCUCGGAAGCCCUCUUCCAAGCAGCUCUAAUGCCUCCUUUCAAGAGGCUCGUAAGCCUCCUUUCAAGAGGCUCGGAAGCCUUCUUUCAAGAGGCUCGGAAGCCUUCUUUCAAGAAGCUCAAAAGACUUCUUUUCUAGAGGCUCAAAAGCCUCCUUUCAAGAGGCUCAGAAACCUCCUUUCAAGAUCCUUUCAAGAGACUGGGAAGGCUCCGUUCAAGAGGCUCAGACUCCUCCUUCCAAGAGGCUGGGAAGCCUGGGUUCAAGAGGCUCAGAAGCAUCCUUCCAAGAGGCUCAGAAGCCUCCUUUGAAGAGGCUUAGAAGCACCCUUUCAAGAGGCUCUGAAGCCUUUUUCCAAGAGGCUCCUUUCGAGAGGCUCGGAAGCCUCCUUUCAAGUGGUUAGGUUGCCUCGUUUCAAGAAGCUCGUAAGGCUCCUUUUAAGAAGCUCGGAAACCUGCUUUCAAGAGGCUCGGAAGUCUACUUUCAAGUGGUUUGGAAGCCUCACUUCAAGAAGCUCGGAAUUCUUCUUCCAAGAGGCUCAGAAGCGCCCUUUCAAGAUGCAAAGGAAGCCUCCUUAUAAGUGACUCGAAAACCGCCUUCAAGAGGUUCGGAAGCCUAUUUACAAGAGGUUCAAAAGCCUUUAAUCAAGAGGUGCGGAAACCUACUUUAAAGGGAUUCAAAAGCUGAAAGGAGCUUCCCUUCAAAGGCCUCGGAAUUAGUUUUUUAAGAGGAUUGGAAGCCUACUUUCGAGAGAGGGUACCUCAAUUAAUGCAAAAAAUCGAAGGGGUUCCUCUCAAGAAAAAGGUUGAGAACCGCUGUCCCACACAGUUGGCAAAAAAUCUGCUCAUUUUGGAUUUUGACCGGAAUAUGCACCUCAAUUAUUCAGAUUUUCCACGGAAAAAUUCUUCAAAAUUGUUUUCGGAAAUUCACUCGCGUUUUCAACCGGAAUAUUUUCGGAAAAAGAAAAUUCAACCGGAAUAAGCUAUUAUAAGAGGCAUUGUUUGGUGAGAUUUAUUUGAUCACGAUGGCAUGGAAACUAUUUUCAAAGAUUUACAUCCUUGAUGAUUGCCUUAUCAAAAUAGUUUUUUUUCUAAGUUCAAUGUGAAUUGAAACAAACAUUUAGUAUUUGCUUGUUUGCUUAUCAUGCCGCUCUAUGCUGUGGGUCAAGAUGAAAAGGGAGACGAACUACUGCUGCCAAGAUGCUGUAGAAAACCGGCUGCUACCCACACAUUAAAGCUCGUAAUCGCAGGGCUUGCAACCUUGAAAGGUAGUCAAACCCCGAAACCACCUGUGGUGUAAUCACAACAUAGCCAGAAAAUUAUGCCGGCUCUUUCCUGGAACCAUCAAGUUCAGCCGAGUACACGAACAGAAUUCAAACCUCUUUCCAUUAUCGUAAAUUAUGAUGAACGAACGAGUUGUCACCGUUCAUUAAAAGCACUGGAUGGACCCCAGGUGCGCGCAGUGAAUCAAAUUUUCCCGUGGAAAAAAAAAUGAGGAGAAUAUGCACUUUUUGCCUUAUUUGCGCUCCAAGACCGGAUACCUUCCCUGUUCGGGGAAUGAAUAAUUAUUCGCAGAAAUGCCACCUUCUUCGUUGGUUUGUUGUUCGCCAAACCAUGCCAAACCGAAUCGUACGAUUGCUCUGCAUGCUCCACGUGGUAGCGUUACUCAAAUUUUUAUUCGCUAAUAUGAACACAUGCGAAACAGGAGAGAAGCAAGAAAACAAAAACAGAAGACCUAUUUUAAGCUAAAUAGUUACAGUAAAUAUACGAUAGCGCAGGGCCAGAUUUCCACUAGUAAAUUAUUAAUCAAAAUGCAAAUUAAACAUUUGUACGAAAUAACUUUUUUCAGAUCUGUUGAAAAUUAAUCUGCUCGCGGAUUUGUAAUUGUCUUGACUAUUCCUUUUCGGGAUGUAUUUUCAGCGAAAUUUAAUGAUACACAAAUAAUAUUCGUGAUGUUCGAAAUUAUCAAUGAGUGGCCAAAUUCGAAUGAGGUCAUUAGAGAUGCAAAAGAAAUUGUGAAAUACAAUUAAAUUGUACGAAUGCGUCUUCUAAGCUGUUAAAGAUCAUCUCCAGAACAUGCAGUAUUUGAAUUCUAAAACAAAGAUUUUUAAAUAAUUCUUGAAAAGGUUUUAUAUCACGAUUACAAAUUAGUAAACUGUUCUACAAUCGUGAUGAAAUCGAAUUGCUAUCCUCUUAAGUCCGGCCCUGUUAUCCGUAAAUACUACCGUCACGCCUUUCAACAAUUAUUUGUAUUCGCGUUUUGCGUACUUACCCACAAGAGAUUCAAUGAACACGGCACGUCCAAAUGUCAUACAUUCCAGUUAGUGUUUUAAGCGAUCGGUUUUAACUUUAUUAGCUCCUCCUGCCAAGUGGUCAUCGCACCAGUGCGCAUCAUAACCACUCGGAGAAAUCAAACGACCACACCAUCAGACACGAACGAUAGAUAGAUACCGGCGCGGGUCAAUACACCGGUGUUGGAGCAAUAUCAAACCCCCCUUAUAUGGGUUGAUUGUUUUGAUUGAUCAGCAUGAUGCGCGCUUAUCGCUGUCACACCAAUAAAAGUACAUAGUUAGUAUCAGAAGGCUCUUUGCCCCCUGCACUUGAUUGAAAUGGUCAGAUCAGAUGACAACGCGUUUUUGUUGUCGAUGCACAUUAUGUAAGCAAGUCUUAAAAGAAAUGUCGGGUACUUAUAAUACGUGUGAAACUUUAUCGCUAGAAAGACUUUGAAAUCAUCAGACAUCGGCGCCAAUCAGCUGGCCACGUCGCUAUCAAUAAAGGAACUAUAUUUCAUCAUUAACCACUAAUAGGUUGCGAGGCGCAGAACAUGCUCAUGCGCAAUCAAUGUGUGACCGUAAAUCAAAUCAAUAUGCACAGACGAAAGGAAAAAUCAGCUGCCAAUCGAGCGCAAUACAAUCCAAUAUAUUUUAUGUACUUGUUUUAGUUUUAAGUCAUUAGGUGAGACGUCAUGCCAAAUGAACAGUUCCGCUUUCGUCGCGCUAUAGUUUGCAACUUUCCUCUAGUAACUCAUCAGUAUCAACAAUCACAUCAUUUCAUUGUACCGGUAAACUGUAAUCGAACGUACUUCUUACGAUAUAUUAGGAUUAUAAAAAUUAUAUUUUAGUUAUAAUUAAAAAUACAACUUUGCUAUCAGCUAUUGACUCUAAUAAAAUGAAACAAUAUUGAAUGGA